AUGUUUGCAUUAAUUUGGUGGAUACACUCAAAAAAAUCCAGUGUGAUUCCUUACAAUACAAUUAAAUUUUCUGCAAAAAAAGAAGCUUCGGUUUUACAGAGAAAGAAAUUUCACUCCGUUAAAAUUUUGAGGACAAGUGAAGACAACGCUUGGCUUGAAUCGUUAAAAGUAGAUGGUGAUGGAAACGUUUAUAUGCCGGAAGAUAAUAUACAUAAGAAAAACCUGAGGGCUCGUAAACGAGAAUCCAGUAAGGAAGGUAAAGAGCUAACCAGUGAAAUUAAAAAGAGAAAACUUCAACGAGAUUUGAAGCUAGCAAAGGAGCCAUCUAUUUUCGAGGAAAUAGACAAACCUCCAGCAGGCAAAACAAGAGAUGCGACUUCCCGCGAAGAAGAAAGUAAGAACACUGAUUCAUCAUCAGAAGAAUCUCAACUUUACAUUGGAUUCUUGCAAGGCGUCGUCGGAUUCCUCAAAGAUCACGGUUGUUCUUCAUCUUCAUCCUCUAAAACGGUUGUUGAAACGAAAGAUUCUCCGGCAUCUCGUUCUUCAGCGAGUGGUUAUUCCAAGAUGCCAUGGAAUUUAUCGGGACCUCGAAAGGUUGAAUUGCAUCCAAUGAGUGAUGUGUAUAUUGAAUCAUGUGAGUUGGAUUGCCUCAAAACCAAAUACACUUAUGACCCGAAAGAAAUGUCGAGACAGAUUUUCAAGAAAGUUAUUGGGACAGACAAUCUACUAAAAAUGAGCCGCACGGGUGGAAACGGGUGGACACGGUUGCCAAAUGAUGUAUUCACUGCUGUUCACGGUUUUAUUUCAAAGAAUGCUCGGCCAAAACUGUCAGCAGCUGAAUUUGAACGGUGUGUCACCCUCAUGUUUACUUCCCUGAGACCUGGACAGUAA